GCACUGGGUAUCGAUCUAGUUGUUCAGCUCAGGCGGUUCGUAACCAUCACGGCAGCAGGCGGUAGCCUUGCUUUCCUCAGCACGCGCUUAGCGCAGCUCAAAGAAGCGGCCGUUGGGAAUUAGAGACUGAGUAGGGAGUCCUUCGGGGUAACACAACAUGCCGGCCGCUGUGGCAUCCCAAUGGCAGGACCGCCAACGGCGGGUGUUCCAGUCCGUCUUCCAAACCGACGUUGCCCAGCCCACACCUCAGUCGAAUCCGAGCACCCUCCUCCCAAGCCCCGAACUGCCAUUCGGCGUACCCACAACGUCCUUGCUCGGCCAACAACAGCAAGAUGCACUGCAGAGCCAUGGACACCCCCCAGCUGACCACCAUUCCCUCCGGCGAGGGUCCCCUGAGCCGCCCCUCCAGACGACACCCGCACAGCCACUAUUCCCCCCUACGGCAGCAACAAACGAUCAGGCAACCUAUGAUCGUGCUUGGCACGUUGUAACCGCCCACAUCGCCCUCCCUUCGUCCGCCACCGCCGACGAUUCGUUCGGUAUGCCCACCACCACUUCCACCCUUGCCGCCGAGCCGCAGCAGCAGCAGCCAUGGCCCAGCAGCAGGAGACGGGGUGGUCGCGGGCGGGACGCUACUGCUCCUGCCUCCUCCUCGUCAGGCCCAGUCUCGGGCCCAGCCCCUGGCGGUGACUUCCACGAGGCGUUUGCCGUCCUCGCCAACGCCCACUCCCUGCUGCCCCACGCCGCCCGCACCGGCGACAUCCUAGCUUGGCACGUCCGCCAGGUGCGCGCCCACUUUGCCCACCACGUGACCCCCCUUUUGGCCGGGUGCGUUGAUGAUGGUGGUGGUGGCGACGGUGGUGAUGGUGAUGAGUCGGGGGGUGAUGGUGAUGGCAGUGGGGGGAAGAUGAAGGAGGUGGAUGACCAGGGCCGUCGUCGCCGGAGAGCGGUGGGGGUGAAGGGGAACGGGAAGGGGAAGGGAGAUUACUACGAGAGACACAUGGUGAUUGUCAUGAGCAGUAUCCGGACGCUCGAGGGCGCGCUACGACUCUACUUUUAUGGCCUCCAUCAGCUGCUAUCGGGGUUUGCUCGUCUUGCUGAUGUUGCCCCUGAGGCGGCGAGGGAUGCUGAGCUCCUGAAUGCCCGCUUCCGCCGGGAUUUGCAUGCUCUUGUGGGCGGCUCCGUGCCUGCUGGGCUGAUACGCUCCGUAAAAGCGGUCUUGGUGCGCCUUGCGGGCACUAUUCUUGGUAUCCCUUCUCCCGUUGAGGUUGGAGGAGGGCGGGCAGCGAGGCCGGCGCCGCCGGGGUCGGACGAUCUGAAAGUACAGGCCGCGAGGGAGCGGCUGGCCGAGCUGGUUCAGCAGCUGCAGAAUGUAGGGCUGGCUGGCGAGCGGUUCCAGGUCUUGUUCGCUGAGGUCAUGGACACCAUGAUGUCCAACUUUGUCAUCGGGGCUUAUGCCGGCGUGUGGUCGGCACCAGAUACCCGCUCAUUCUCGGCUACGAUGGACUCGGUUUCACGUGGGGCGCCAUUGUCUACGGCAUCGCCGUGUAUCAUGUCGUUGAACGACUGGGUGGAGAACCAUUUUGCGCGACUGAGCUUCGAGGUGCUGGCUUGCAUAUCUGGCAACCCUCAAGGGCCACUGCCGGUCUCGCUAGCCGAUCUCAAGAUGUACCAGUCUCUCGCCCUCGGCCGCCUGGCGGCCCUGCGUAUUCAGGAACUAUUUGACAUCGUCCUCGCAUGGCCGGCGUCCCGUCCGGCGCUCGAAGACCUACGGGCGACCAUCACCACCGCCGCUCGCCGGAAGCAGCUCACCAAUAGCUUCUCGCGUGCGCUGCAGACCCGCCUACUACACCCAGGCUGUAGCACGCUCGAGAUCUUGCAGACGUACAUCUCUAUCAUCCGCACGCUGCACGCUCUCGACCCCAGCAAGGUGCUCCUCAGCCGUGUCGAGCCGGGUCUGCGGCUGUAUCUCUGCCAGCGAGAGGAUGCGGUCCGCGUCGUUGUCGCAGGACUCCUCGCCAGCCCCGAUGAGAUGCGCGCUGCGAGGAAGGUUAAGGAGGUAUGGAGGCAGCAACGCGAUGAGGCUAGUCAGGCUACGAGCCGUAGAAGAGACCACAACAACCCUUUCGCCACUCCCGGCAUGCCAGGACCCUCCUCACCCGGAACCCCUCAGCCCAGAGCAGCGCACCGUGGCUUCGCCGCCAGAACCGACACUACCCCAUCCCACACACCAGUACCAACUACCCCCUCUCGCCCUACUCUUCCCGACAAGCCAGCCGAACGCCCCUCCCUCCCCAAAAAGCUAGUCGAACUCGCCCUUCUUCUCACCAAUGACCCCUCCCAAGCACAAACCCGCCGCGGUGCUGCUACCGCCCCUUCCUCAGACGACGCAGACCUCGACUGGGCCGAUCCCUCCUGGUUACCUGACCCCAUCGACGCGGGUGCGCACUACAAGCGCCCGCGGCGCAGCGAGGACGUCAUCGGCACGCUCAUCUCGGCCCUGGGCAGCGAGGACGCCUUCAUCAAGGAAUUUGCCGCCGUGCUCGCCGAGCGGCUGCUGCUGCCGCCGUCGUCGUCGGGCGACAACCCGGCGCAGCAGCGGUUCGAGCAGGAGUUGAGGGUGCUGGAGCUGUUGAAGCGAAGGUUUGGCGAGGCCAGCUUGCAGGCCUGUGACGUGAUGAUUCGGGAUGUGGUGGAUUCGAGGAGGGUUGAUGCUGGCAUCUCGAAGCGGAGGGAGAGGAUGGGGAGGGAGAGUGCGGAGGGCAUGGAGGGUGCUGAGGCGAUGGAGAUGGGGACGAGGGAUGGCAUAGACUAUCACGCGAGGAUUUUGAGUAGGCUGUUCUGGCCGGGCUUGGAGAGGGAGCAUUUCCUGCUCCCUGCCGUCGUGGUCCAGCAGCAGGAACGGUAUGAGGCCGGGUAUGAGGGGCUCAAGUCGCGGCGGAAGCUGACCUGGCUUAAUCAGCUGGGCCAGGCGAGGGUCGAGAUUGAGCUGGGUGAUCGCACGGUCACGGUGGAUUGCAACCCUGUCGAGGCGACUGUCGUCUAUGCUUUCCAGGAGGGCGGUGAUGAUGGUGGUGGCGGCGCGGUGCAGAAGUCGGUCGAGGAGCUGUAUGAGCAGCUGCAGAUGGACGAGGACCUCAUCACGACCGCGCUGCAGUUCUGGGCCGGUAAGGGCGUCCUCCGCCGGGUGCCCGGCGCCGCCAGCAGCAACACCUACGUCGUCGCGGAGACGCUCAGCGGACCCGCCACCGGCGCUGCCGCGCCCGACGACACCGCAACUGACCAGCCCAUGGAGGAGGAAGAGGAAUCCGCCACGGCGGCAGCAGCGGGGGCGGCGAAGCAGGGCAUGUCGGCCAAGGAGCGCGAGCGCCGCGACAUGUACUGGCGCUACAUCCAGGGCAUGCUGACCAACGCCAGCGCCAGCAUGCCGCUCGCCCAGAUGGCUAUGAUGAUGAAGAUGCUGAUUGCUGACGGGUUCCCCUGGAGCAAUGAGGAGUUGCAGGAUUUCUUGGGGGAGAAGGUUGCCGGGGGGGAGAUGGAGGUUGUGGGGGGGAAGUACAGGCUUGUUAGGAAGUGA